AGAAGAAAGCAGAAAAACCUGAACAAUGGAUGUUAUCAAAACAGCUAAGGACCGUCUGCGCAAGUAUCCCAAGUUUUUAAGCCAAUGUGGAACAGAAAGUAUGCAAUACGCUCAGUGUGUUCUGAAAAAUGAAGAUGAACUUAAGAAAAAUAUUUGUGCUGCUGAAUUUGAUAAAUUGAAACAGUGCCUCAGAAACGCUGCUAUGAAAGGUGGAACUCGACUCUAGACUCUGUGUUUGCUAAUGUUUUCUCUACUCAUAUCUGACUCUUUUGCAAAAUAAUAAGCCAAAACUUUAAUAAAUUGAAAGGCUGUCAAAGUCUAAUUUGUGGCAUGUUUUCUCCGUUGCGAUAACUUUUUUAAACUGCUCGCUGCUAGCUUCUUUUUUUCUGCUGCUAGUAUCUGCUGCUCUUGCAAGCUUGAACGGAAGUAGUGUCAGCGAAGUACGUUCUAAUACUCCAGUUUGAACCGUUGUCAUCAAUUUUAUUCGUUGGAGUUCGCAGGAAGUUUGAUUGUGCACUUAUCGUUGAAUCACUGCACCAUUUUCUUCCUUGAUUGAUUGUUUUUCAUGUACACAUUUUUCAUUUAUCCUCUUAAACAUGUUUGUUGUUUCUCCUUAUUUCCGGAUCAUUUUAAAUCAAUUUAUGGAAAUUGAUGUUAAAAUUUUUGGCUUAAAAUAAAAUGUUCAAUAAAAACA